AUGCUGCCACAGCGCCUCGGCGAAGUGAGAGUUCUGUCGAAAAGCACGUGCGCAACGCCGCUUGCAGCGCUUCGUGAAGGUGAUAAGCCUACAGUGCCUAGUUUCUAUCUUCGCUCCGAUGUGGAAUGCCUCUCCUUGUCUGCGGAGUGUGGGAUUGUGGGGGAUCAGCGUGCCGUUCCCAGCCAUCAGACCCGGCAACGGGACAUUCUGUUUGCAGAUCCUGUUUUGCUGCGAGAAGUUGGCAGCAUUCAUACUAAUAAGUCUUUGCAGAGCGGCACUCAAGACAAGCCAUGCAACAUCGGGCAAAACGUGACGCUGGCAGAGGGAGAUGUGCCUGUCUCAACCUGGUGCGUUGGGGAUAUGAUCGAAAUUGGCUCUCCUGACAACGCCGCCCUGGUUCGCAUCACCAGCACGCGGCGCCCCUGCCCGAAGAACAACAACGUUCAUGGUGAGGGGACGGGUGCUCACAUGGACAAGCGUGGCUUGGGAGGUAUCUUUGGCACUGUGGUUCGCGAUGGCACCAUCCGCCCGGGAGACGCAGUGAUGCUGGUGGAGCGACUGCAGAGCCAAUGGACAUGUGCGCAGGUGCACAUUUCACUUUAUGGUCCCGCAGCGCAGAGCACCACUCCUCAGGAGCUGCAGGAAAUCGUUGCCCUGGAGUACUUGGAGGGACCCCGCUACAAGAGCGUUGCUCAGAAGCGCUUGAAGGAGUUAGAGGCUUUAGCUGCCAGCAGCCGAUGGCAGUGGGAAGCUUUCGCACUUCUGGCUGUUUCCCUUGUAGCAAUGCAAGUUUUCCGGCGCUGGAAUGUUGGUGCAAGGUAG